AUGGCGGACUCCCAGGAGGCCCAGCGGCAGAGCCAAGCAGAGCUGCCGCAGAGGCCUCCUCAGUCUCGCGAGAAUCCCUGGGCGCCCUCCGCGGCUGCCCUCCCUGCCCCAGCAAGCUGGGAAUGGAGAGAGAUCGGUCGGGGUUUUGCGGCAACACAUUCUCCCCCCACCCCACCACCACCACCACCACCACGUCCCUUGCCGGUUAAGGCUGCCCCACAGCCCUCGUGGGUCCAUGGCAUCUCCCAGAUAACCAGCAGCCUUUAUAUAAGUAAUAGUAUGGCGGCUAACAACAGAUUCUUGUUGUCCAGCAAUCGCAUCACGACUGUCAUCAAUGUUUCAGUGGAGGUAGUCAACACAUUUUUUGAGGACAUUCAAUACCUAAAGGUACCAGUGACUGACUCUCCCAGCGCGCGCAUCUGUGACUUUUUUGAUCCCAUAGCUGAUCACAUCCACAGCGUGGAGAUGAAACAGGGCCGCACGCUGGUGCACUGCGCCGCCGGCGUGAGCCGCUCGGCCACAGUCUGCAUGGCCUUCCUGAUGAAGUACCACACCGUGUCGCUGCUCGACGCCCACACAUGGACCAAGUGCUGCCGCCCCAUCAUCCGACCUAACAAUGGCUUCUGGGAACAGCUUAUACAUUAUGAAUACAAGCUCUUUACCAAAAACACCGUCCAGAUGAUUGAUUCUCCAGUGGGUAUGGUUCCAGACGUGUACCAGAAGGAGUUCCGUCUGAUGAUGUCAAUGUGA